AGGAAUUAAGAUGUGUGUUUGAGAAUCAUUUGUGUGAACGCAAACAUGAUUCUCUACCAAAGAAGUCACCUGGUACAGCCUAUCAGUGUUGACACUAUAAAGAGCAGCAGGUGGGUGUUGUGUUUCACUGGCCAUUUCAGCAAUGAAUCUUACGCUCAAGGACAAGUGCUGCGCCUUCGAGUCUCCCACCCUGGACAGGGUUUUGCCUCCAAUUCUGAUCCUGGAGUUCAUGUUUGGACUGAUGGGGAACUUUGUCGCUCUGUGGAUGUUUGUCUUUCACAUGGACACCUGGAAGCCCAACUCUGUGUACCUGACUCACCUGGCUGUCGCUGACUCCAUUGUGCUGUUCUGCCUGCCAUUCAGAGCAGACUACUACAGGCGUGGAAAAAACUGGCUGUAUGGCGAUGUCCUGUGUCGUAUCCUGCUCUUUCUGCUGGCAGCCAACCGUGCGGCGGGGAUCUUCUUCCUCACUGCCGUGGCUGUUGAUCGAUAUUUCAAGAUCGUCCACCCAUUGAGUCAGAUCAACCGAAUGGGCCUGGGCUAUGCUCUCUGGGUCUCUCUCGGGCUCUGGGGUCUGAUAUUUCUUGCGACUGGUUACCUUCUUGCCAAUGAGCACUUUUUCUACAACAGCAACCGCACACAGUGUGAGAGUUUCAACAUCUGCCUGGGCUUCAGCCCCCUCUCCACCUGGCACAAUACUUUCUAUGUCGUCCAGUUCUUCCUGCCGACUGUAAUCGUGGCCUUCUGCACAGUCAGAAUCACCUGGCAGUUGAAAAGCAGGACUGUGGACAAAAAAGGGAAAAUAAAGCGGGCUGUUCAGUUUGUGUUGGCUGUGGCGCUGAUCUUUAUUGUAUGUUUCUUUCCGAGCACUAUAUCGCGUAUCGCUGUAUGGGUCCUUAAGCUAUGGUAUGAUGAGUGCAAAUAUUUUGAGGAGGCAAACCUGGCAUUCUACACAUCGGUGUGUUUCACCUACUUCAAUAGCGUCCUUAACCCUGUGGUGUAUUAUUUCUCCAGCCCAGCCUUUAGUGGCGCCUUUAAAAAGAUCCUGAACAAACUGCUGAGACGGAGUCCCACAGAUGAGACAAAUUCUUCUGAGAAUAACAUUUCCGCCAUUGAAGGGAGAAGGUUGUGAAGCCAGGUGCUGCUAUGUUCCCGUCUUACAUUGAGGGGAAUUUUAUUAGAUUUUAUUAAAGCAUAAUGCAGAUUUAACUUAAAUGAAAUGUAGGAAUGGGUUAAGUCAUUAUAAACAAUUAAAAUUAUACAACCCCAAAUAAUUAGCUGCUUGUUGCAGUGUGUUUGUGAUUGUAUAACAAUCCCUUUUGAGUGUGGUUGCAGUGUGUAAGCAAGUUAAUUAUGAGCCAUUCAAUAUGAAUUAUCCAUUUGCUGAUGAGCGAUUGUUAAUGUUAAAUAUUACUGCAAAUGAUUAUAAAUGUUACAUCUGUUGAGAGAGAGAUAUUCUUUUGUGGUUUUCAACAUUAAGGUAGUUAACAAAAUCCUUUACUUUGUCAGUCACUUCAACUUUAAAAAUCAGAUGAACAGUCAGAGCCAUGUUUAGAUUUCUUCAGUGAUAUCAGUAGUUGAGUAGUGUUGAGAAAACACUCCACAGGCUGGUUUGUGAAUCAACGAGGACAGAAAGCAGAGAUCAUACAUCGUUUUUCAUUUUCCUGUCUUUGUAUCCUGACACAUUCUGCCUUGUUUUCAAUAAAUAGGUUAAACAUUAGGGAUUAGAAUAAACUUUAUAGUACGUUUUUGCCCUAUGCCUGUUGGUUAUGUUGUGAUGGCUGUUCAGACUAAAGUUGUGUAUUUCAUUAUGCCUUUAGGAUUUGUAUUGAUUUUGCAAAGAAACAGACACAUGGCGACAGAAAGGUCUUCACAUGACUUCUUGGUCACAGACCCUUCAGCAACAGAUAACAUUGGUGAGAAAUUGAGUCAUCAAUAAAAUGAAAAGAAAAGUGCGACAGCAGAUUUGUGGCCUCUCGUGAAAGCUUAGCUAAAAAGAUCCCAGGAAAAGAUCCCAUCUUACAAAACCACCUUUUAAUCUAUCAGGCCUACACCUACAGUGGAUGCUGUUUCUAUCAUUGUGUCUAUCUUGUCCUUUCAAUGGCUCCUUAAUUAAACCCAAUACAAUAAUAAAACAAAAUUUUUACAUUUAGAUAUAUUUGGUAUGAAGUUCUGUCCCCUAAUAAAUAUAAAGUAGGAUCAGAGGGUUUGCUGAACCAAACCAAUAAACCAGAACUGUCGUAACUAAGCAAGUUAAAUAAUUAUGUAUGUUGUCCAAAGUAAAUAAUUCUACUUGAAAAUGUCCAACGUUUGUCUGCUGACACAUCAUACUAUAUGGGCUUUGGAUCAACUUUCUUAUUGAGGGUUUUAAUUUAGUGUAAAUAAAUAAAUCCAAAAAGAUACAGGAGCACCUUACUUUGAACGUACAAAGAAAUUAACACAAAGGGAUGUAAAAGUUUAUCUAAGCUGUGUUACAGAUCACCUUAUUGUAACACUG